UGGAAAACGUGAUACAUCACUAGCCCCAAUACGUUCUAGCCUCAUUGUGUUGCGGCCCUUCCCAUAGUUGACCUCACUACUAUUACAGGAAUCAUCACCACCAUCUAACCUCCCAUCAACCCUCCGGUACAUUCUCAAUCGUAUUCCACAGCACAAACUCACGAUGUCUUGGUUAGGAAAGAAGUUCCCUGUGCCUGUCGCAAAGCCAAUGGCUCCUUUCUUCGUUGCCGGUGCCGUCAUUAUGUACGGAAUCAACUCUGCUGCUACCGCAAUGGCCAACAGCGAGGAGUUCAAGAACGAUCCCAGAAACCCAAACGCAAAGACCCCAAAGCCAGCCGACAAACACUAAAUGGGAGAAACUUUUGAUAGGAGGCAUGAUGAGUGGGAACUUGCAUAGAUCGAACCUCUGAUAAAUUGGUUGCGCGGGGUGUUCGUUCCCAUGAUGGAUGAUAUGUAAAUUUAGGAGGCAAUGAAAUCAUCUGGUUUCCUAUAAAUGAAAAUCUUACAUUGUGAACUAUCAUGCAGGUUUGAGGAUAUAACAAUAUCACGAGAUUGACCUGCAAAUCAAUCGUUUUUAGCAAAUUACCAUGGCAUGAGUAUGGGGGGAUAUCGAGUGAAUAGCCUCUAGCGGGGAUAUUACGUGCCUAAUAAAUUCUAUGG